GGGGGAAAACAUAAUUAAGGGAGUAGCUAAAAAAAAGAAACUUUAGUAGCGACUUUACUUCAAUGGAAACUUUACUGAAGCUGUGUGUGUGUGGAAGCUCCAUGCACUGAUGGGGGAUCUAAAUAACAACAGCGGGAAGUCGCGGCAGACGACGGGAGAAGAGACGGGCUCUGUCAGGAGGGUAGCAGCAGUGAGCUCUCCUGCUCUGUCCGCUGCACGGCUCACCGUACCCGGAGUCAUGGACGCUGAGGGGAGGGUCGACGAGUCCAGGCUGAGGAUGCACAUCUUCAAAAACAGUGGUGCGUCUCCAUCUGAGCGAGGCCUGGUGUGGCGUUUCCUGUUCGGGAUGUACCCAUGUGGCUCGACUGCUUUGGAGCGCUCUCUUAUGCAGGAGCAAUUUUUUGUACGCUACCAGGUCAUGAAGAGAAAGUGGCAGCAGUUUCUUCCCUCAGCAGUGCAGAUACACCUCAAUGGCACGGAUGCGGAGUUGGUUUCAGCUGUGAGGUACUUUGACCAGAGGGAAACAGAGGUGCACCAGCAGGUGCAGGACCACUCUGAAGAGGUCAGGGAAAGGCUGGCUUUCUUGGAGCUUCAAGCACAGAUAUUAUAUGAGCGGGUCUCAUUUGACCAGGAGGAGCUUCAAGAAGCCAUACGAAUCAUUAACAAGGAUGUGCCCCGAACCAACAGAGAUCUUAGUUACUACCAAAAUGAAGGUUUAGGAAAUCUGUUGGUGUUGAGAGACAUCCUCAUCACUUAUGCUGCUUUCCAUCCAGAGGUUAGUUAUGCCCAGGGCAUGAAUGACCUGUGCAGCCGGUUCCUGGAGGUUCUUGACUCUGAGGUCGACACUUUCUGGAGUUUUUCCUGCUAUAUGGAAAAAUUUUCGAGGGAUUUCAGAGCUGAUGGCCUGCACAGAAAAAUAGAGCUGGAGGCAGCCCUGUUGAAGGAACUAGACCCUCAACUUUAUGCUCAUUUGGUCAAUGACAACAUGGAAAGCUUCACAUUCUGCCACAGGUGGCUACUGCUGGGUUUCCAAAGGGAGUUUGAACACAGCGAUGCACUGCGUUUGUUUGAGAUCCUGAGUUGCGAUCACCUGGAGCUCAUCACACAGCAAGUGGACCGCGCCCGAUACCAGGAAAGACUGGCACAAAAAUACUGCACAGAGGACAGUACGGAACUGCAAGCUUUCAACAACGACUUCACCUUUGAGCUUUUCAUCUGUGCAGCCAUCCUCCUGGAGAACAGAGAGUCUCUGCUGCAGUGCCGAGAUGAUGUCCAGCUCAUCCACUUUACCAGCAGCCUUCAGGGGAAACUGGAUCUGAACAGCACGCUGAGGAAAGCAGAGCACCAUUUCUACAACUACUGCAAGCGCUGCGCAUGGGAUUUUAUGAAUGGGUGCUGCAGAGCAAACAGAAACAAACAGGAGGACUUUUUUUAUCAACUGCGUAGCUUAUUUGUUUUAAGAUAAUAGCUGUUAUUUAAAUACUGCAAGGAACUUUAAUUACAUGACAAAAGACAUUCCUUAUGUGGAAGAAAUAUUGAUAGUUGCUUACCUUAAAAAUGACAAACUAUUGUUGUUUAUUAUUAUUGUACAGUAUUUAUUGUAAUGAAAGCUGGCCAACAACAGAUGAGUUACUUUAUUUAUGUAAAGCACUUUGAAUUGACCUGUACAUGAAAUGUGCUAUACAAAUAAACUGCCUUGCCU